AUGUCGGAUAUCGCAAUCGAUCUGGUGAAUUGCCUAUACCACUACAUCCAACUAUACAACGGAAACCAUUUGGAUUCGAUCCUACGAUACGAUGAUUCUNGCUUGUUUUAUGGAAAUGCAACACCAAUAUUUACCGUUCAACGACUUCGACUUAUCAACGGAUAUUGUCAAGACAAUGGCGGUGGAUGUGCUAUCUUACAAAAAAAUGGCGGCACAACUAAAAUUAUCAAUUGUGUCUUUGAGAACAACACAGGUGCUGUUACUGGUCAAGAUACAGCCGGUGGUGCCGUCUGGACCCUCGGUGGCGGUGAUACAACUGUGAUUAGCAGUGUAUUUCUCGGAAACAAAUGCUCGAAUGGAGGCGGAUUAGGUAUUCUCGGUAGCGGACUGAUGAUUUAUAACAGCCAUUUUGAAGGCAAUCAAGCGACAGGCAAGGACGGAAAUCCCGGUCUGGGUGGAAACGGUGGUGCUAUCAGUUUCGAUGGCAGAGGUCGAAAUAAUACCAUAUGCGGAACAAGAUUUACUAGAAACCAGGCAAACAAAUUCGGUGGAACAUUCUUUCGUGUGUCUUACAAUGGUGAUGAACAGAACAAUUUCGAUAAUGUAUUAAUUGAUAGUAACCUUGUUGUUCAAAGUGGUAAUGGUGCAGCAGGUGCAUUAUAUAUUCAGGGUGGUACAGCAAGAAUUCGUAAUGCUACUAUUUUUAACAAUUCAGCGACAACAGCUGGCGCUCUGUUCUUCUCCAAUGAAAAAGCUGUCGAAUUAAGCAGUGUUAAUUUAAUAGGAAAUCGAGCUAACACUCAAAUUGGUGGCGCAUUCUUCUGUUCCAAGCCAGUUACAGGUACCUUGUCUGGUCUAACAGUUGCCAACAAUUAUGCUGGUGUGCUUGGUGCAGCUUUUGCGGCUUGUACUGACACGUUGACAUUGUCGCAAUCCAUUAUUGCCAAUAAUACAGUUGGUAAUGUUUACACCGCCAAUGCUUGUAGUAAUGCGAUGGACGAUGGCAAAGGCGUUAUCCAAGCACCUAUCAACAAACCAAAGCCUGCAAAUGGAGUGGAUCCUCCUUGUACCAAUGGCACAGGUACACCGAUAAGAGUCAAUAAUAUUACUGUCAUUUUAGAUACAACAGCAUGGAAGAUUAAAGUCGUUGGUGCUCAACCGGUGUAUUUAGGUCCAACUGUUGUUCCAGGCUUAUAA